AGCAGCCGCCCUGUCCGGGGCGCCAUCGCGCCCUGUCUAGUCAAGGCGGCUCAAGGGCCGGGCGGAGUCUGGUGUCUGCUGUGUUCCCCGGCCCUGUAGUCCGUGAUACAGCAGUGAGACCAUGGCAGAACCGCAGCCUGCGUCCGGCGGCCUCACUGACGAGGUGGCCCUCAGUUGUUGUUCCGACGCGGACCCCAGCACCAAGGAUUUUCUAUUACAGCAGACCAUGUUACGAAUUAAGGAUCCUAAGAAGUCUUUGGAUUUUUAUACUAGAGUUCUUGGAAUGACGCUAAUCCAAAAAUUAGAUUUUCCUACUAUGAAAUUUUCUCUCUAUUUCUUGGCUUAUGAGGAUAAAAAUGACAUCCCCAAAGAUAAAGAUGAAAAAGUAGCUUGGAUGUUCUCCAGAAAAGCUACACUUGAACUGACACACAAUUGGGGCACUGAAGAUGAUGAGACCCAGAGUUACCACAGUGGCAAUUCAGACCCUCGAGGAUUUGGUCACAUUGGAAUUGCUGUUCCUGAUGUACAUGGUGCUUGUAAAAGAUUUGAAGAACUGGGAGUCAAAUUUGUGAAGAAACCUGAUGAUGGUAAAAUGAAAGGCCUGGCAUUUAUUCAAGAUCCUGAUGGCUACUGGAUUGAAAUUUUGAAUCCUAACAAAAUGGCAACUAUUAUUUAGUGCUGUGAGAAUGCUCCUUUGAGAUUUUAGUAAAGACAUAUUAAAAAUGAAACAACAUGAUUCAAGAUAUUCAGAUACCAGAAGCAUCCAGGACUGAUGAUGGAUCGUUGUCCCAGUUCAAAUUAUUAAGUUCAUUUCCUUUUCCUGUUUCAGCUGUUCUUUUUCACCUAACUGGUAACUGUUCUGGUUUUAAAGUAGUACUUUAUUUUAUGUCCUUGAACGUACUGGUAUAACUUUAGUUUUUAGAUAAUAAUUAGAACAAUUCCCUUCAGAGGCUACAUUUUCCUUCUAUCUCCUAAAUAUUACUUCUCUUCAAGUCUGCCUUUUAAUCAUAAUUUUCAAAAAAAACAAAAAACAAAAACGACGUUUUUGUUCUGGUUAUCUUCUGGGGUUUCCUCAGAACCAACUUUUCACAAUGGAAAGUAAAGAACACUGAACAAGACUGAAACUUCAUGUGUACUUCAAACAGUACAAAGUGUUUAUUUUACAAAAGAGAAAAUACUCUUGAGAGCAAUUCAGAAUUAUGCUGACAAGGAUACUGAUAGAAAAAGUAAUUUCUUUUUAUUUAUAAAGUACAUUUAAAGUUUAAAGGCUAACCUCAUUUAUUUGGGAAUGGGGAGGAGGGAGGAAAUAAUAUUUACUUAGUUCCUAGACCCUGGACUAGGCCAUGGCAUAUCUACUCCCAACUAUCAUGUGGGAAAGAAAGCAAGCUAGACAUUUGAAAUCACUUUAAUGGGUUGAAGGCAAUAUACAUAGGUUCAAGUAUUCAAGAUCUUAUAGUCAUUUUUAGUAUGUAGAUUGUGCCUCAAAAUUAGUACUUCACAAUACUUCCUCCACUAGUCUCCUGUUUUAAAAACCUUUUAUGAAUUUGAGCAUUGUGCCCUUGCCCCUCAGGCUGAGUACCAUGGGAGGGAAGAAACAGAAAUCUUUAAGCACAAGAUUGCUCUGGGGACACCCAGUGAUUCCUGCACAAGUGAUGCUUACGUUACUCAUGAAGAGUCCUCCCUACAAGGUCUUCAUGAUGCCAGUAAUCAUAUCUAUGAUAAAUUAUGUUCAUUGAUAACUUAGUUAUUAGAAUCAGUUCAGUGGUCCUCCCUGCAAAGAUUGACAUUUGAUGUUUUGUUUUUCGUUUUUUCCCUUUCAAUUCAUUUAAUUUCAACAAUCAGUCAAAAAGAGCCAAUAAACAAAUACUGAAUUACAUUCUGUUGAUUUUUUUAAACCCUCAAGCUCCAGACUAUAAAAACAUCUUGUGUGUCUCCCACCCUGACCACCCUCCUGCCUGCCCAUACCCACAGGCCACCCAUCAGUGUAAGCCGAGGGGAGCUGCAUGGCCUAAUGGUCUGUCUACUUGGACCCAGUAGACAGGAGGGCAAUGAGUCCUGAUGAAGCACUUUUGGACAAAAUGUAGUUCACUGUGGGACUGAAGUUCUUCAAUAUAAAGAAGGAAAACACAAGACAUUUGAUGGGUUUUUUAAAAUCUAAGUGAUUUUGAAAACCUCGAAUGGCCCAGAAAAUAGAAACAUCCAGUUUGUGGUUUGACUACAUUGAGGUUUUCUGUAGAUUCGAGUGGAAGACCGUUGGAUAAGCCAUGCCAACUGUGCUUGCACUGCUAGAAGCACUUUAAAUUUCCUUUUUGAAUGAAAUGGAUUUACGUGAGCACUUCAAACAAAUAGCAGUACUUACAGGCUGACAUAAAAUAAAAUUUCAAAUAAGACUA